CGCGCUGCGAAGCGCGACUCUUUGUUUUAUGGUCGCGUCUGCGAAAAACAUCGGGGUCAACAUAUGUCACCACAUUCUUUUCAGUAGCCCAUUUUCAUCGACACACAAGGCCUUCGCAGUCUUGAUCUUGUCUUCACCAGUGUGGGUCAUCAUUACCACUCGUCGCGCCACCAAUGCCACCAAAGAAGUCGAACGCUGCGAAAGCAGCUGCAAAGCCGCAGGUCACCGCUCGAAAGCCUCCUACGCGAGGAGACAAGGCGCAAGCAAAAGCCUCAGAGACUGUUUCAAAGGCUAUAAAGAAUGCAAAAAAAAGAUGCUGCUGUAGCUACAAAGCCCAGUCAAGCGAGUCGCAAACGAACACACCAGGAAAGCGAUACUGAUACUGUUCAACCUGAAGUGGUCGUAAAGAAACCCAGGGCCCAGAAGACCACGGCACUCAAAAGAGCAAUAAGGUCCACAACGAACAACGGAAUUGUAAUUAACACGGCACCCUCACGCAUUCUGAAGAUCUUUUCCGUUGGAGAGGCCAGCGAGGGCGAGCUUGGUCUAGGUCCUGAUGUCAAGCAGGCCAAACGACCGAAGCUCAACCCAUACCUGUCACCGGAGUCUGUAGGCGUUGUCCAGAUUGCAGUUGGAGGCAUGCACGCGCUUGCACUCACACGCGAUAACAAAAUCUACUCCUGGGGCGUUAAUGACACGGGGGCAUUGGGACGUGACACGAAGUGGGAAGGCAAUCUCGCUGAUGCCGACGCGCCUGAUUCGGAUAGCGAAAAUGCACCCAUGAAUCCCCUCGAGUCGACUCCCACCCCAAUACCUUCGAACCAUUUCCCAGACAGUGUUCUUUUUACUCAAAUAGCAGCCGGUGACAGUUCGAGUUUCGCAAUAACCGACGAUGGGCGAGUUUAUGGAUGGGGUACCUUUCGUGACAGCGAGGGCAACAAUGGAUUUAUGCUCGACGCGAAUCAUCAACUAGUUGAACACCAAAGAACUCCUAUCUUGAUUCCGACACUCGAUCGCAUCACCCAGAUUGCUUGUGGUGCUGAUCAUGCUAUUGCUUUAGAUAACACUGGCAAGGUGUUUGCCUGGGGUCGUGGCGAGCAAAGUCAGCUAGGUCGUCGCUUGUUACGCCGACGAAAUAUUAAGAGCUUGAUACCUACAAGAGUUGUCAUUGGACGUAAGAAGGCUGCUGCAAUUGGAUGUGGCUCAUAUCACUCCUUUGCUAUCGACACAGAGGGCGACGUUUGGUCAUGGGGCCUGAACAGUUUCGGAGAGGCAGGAUUUCCUGUUGACCCUGAUGAUAGUAGCACACAUGUUAUUAUGGUUCCAGGGAGAGUGAAGAGUGCUAUUGGCAAGAAUAUAAAGAGUGUUGACGGUGGCGCACAUCAUAGCGUAGGCUUGACCUCUGGGGGCGAGUGUAUUGUCUGGGGAAGAGCAGACGUAGGUCAGACAGGACUUGACCUGAGUGUAUUACCUGAAGAGAGCGUUGUGCGAGACUUCAGAGGCAAUAUUCGGAUUGUCGCCAAUGCCACCGUGGUACCAGGUAAUAGUCUCGACGUGGUUUCAGUUGCCGCUGGUUCUGACCAUACCGUAAUCAUCUCGAAAUCAGGAAUAGCGUAUGCCUGCGGCUUCAACGCAACAUUCCAAACAGGCCUCGGUGGCGGUAAAGAUGAGAUAGAGCGAGUCACUGCAGUGGAAUGCCCUUCUCUCAAGGACGUACAUCUCGUAUCUGCAGGCUGUGGUGGCCAGUUUUCCAUUUUUGCUGCCGACUUGUGAUACGGGGCGGGCAUCGGGGUCUGUCAGUACGACGCUCAACAUUUUCAGGAGUUUCCAAAAGCAUCAUCGCCUAACUUUCGGCUCCCCAGGUAAACAUCUCUUUGCAGACAGACUAUCGUGAAGGUCUCUGAUUCGACUCUCGAUGGC